CGGGAUAUAAACGCAAUGCAACUCACAUUUCCUGAUUCCCGCGCUGGCUCGGAAACUGUUGGCGAAAAGUACUCGAACGCAGCACGACGCUUUUCUGCGUUCGGCGGUUUAAAGUCAUCAAGGAAGAUGCAGAGCAUCAAAUGCGUGGUGGUGGGCGACGGCGCCGUGGGCAAGACCUGCCUGCUCAUCUCCUACACCACCAACAAGUUCCCGUCGCAAUACGUCCCCACGGUGUUCGACAACUACGCCGUGACGGUGAUGAUCGGCGGCGAGCCGUACACUUUGGGACUCUUUGACACGGCAGGCCAGGAGGACUACGACAGGCUGCGGCCGCUAAGCUACUCUCAGACGGACAUCUUCCUCGUCUGCUUCUCUGUCGUGUCUCCUUCGUCCUUUGAGAACGUCCGCGAGAAGUGGGUGCCCGAGAUCUCCCACCACUGCCCGCGGACCCCCUUCCUGCUGGUGGGCACGCAAGUGGAUCUGAGAGACGACGGCAACAUGCUGGAGAAGCUGGCCAAGAACAAGCAGCGCGCGCUGAACGCCGAGAUGGGCGACAAGCUGGCACGGGAGCUCCGUGCCGUCAAAUAUGUUGAGUGUUCGGCGCUUAAGCAGAGGGGCCUGAAGAACGUGUUUGACGAGGCCAUCCUGGCAGCCCUGGAGCCUCCCGAGACCAGACCUAAGCGACAUUGCGUCCUGCUCUAACACGCAGUUCGGCCUGGACGCAGACGGUCAGGUGAACCUUGGCGGGUGGGGCUUGCUGGGUGGGGGGGGCUUGCUGGGGGGGCGUGGGCUUUAGCAUAAGGCGUGACACACGUGGAAGUGGCUUUGUUGUCUUUGCCACCUGGGAAACAUUUGCCUCAGAAAAACUCUGACCACACUUCACUCAACUUGCCAUCUUUAGGCUUUGUUCAUCUUCCAAAGCCGCAUCUGUGCGUCCAACAGGAUUGCCGCGUGAACGCAAACAGAAUUGAUUGAAGACGCAUGCGGACGAUUCUCAAUUUUUAAUCCAAUACGAUCCAUCGUUAUUCAUAUAGCUCCCUCACGACAGCUGCAGCUGUAACAAAGCGCUUUA